AUGGCAUACGGAGACACACACAUCGCCCAAACCCUGCUGCACCGCGCCUUCUCCCCCUCGACCGCAGAGUCGCAUUAUCACGAGCGCGUGCUGAAGCGGCCCCUUCACAUUCGCGCAACCUCGCCUACACCCUCUGCACGCGCAGUCCGCCGUCGCGCCCUUAACGAGCUCAAACAGACUGCUCGGAAGCGCAGCAAGAACAAGCCUCGUCCACUGUCCGCUGCGAAAAAGCGUGCACUCUGCCUGAACGAAAUUCCCAAGGAGCAGCAAAACUACGCCCUCUAUGAGGGGUUGCACAACUUGUGGGCUGGCUACAUGAGGGACGUGCUAGGCCUGAGCGAUACUGCGCGGAGUGUCCUUGUCACGCCGAAUUCGAGUGGACAACUGCUUGCGACUGCUGACAUGCACGGCGCGCUCGUGACUGUAGUGCGAAGCCGAUGUGUAAGUCGCGUAGGCUUGGAGGGUAUCAUCGUUCGUGACACAAGGUUCACAUUCGAGAUCAUCACCAAGAACAACUCUGUGAAAUCUGUCCCCAAAGAGCACACGAUCCUCCGGUUUGAGGUGCCGCUUCUCGAGCAAGAUGGGAAGACUCCCAUGAAGCCACUUGUGUUUGAACUCAACGCGGAGCAGUUCCAGACAAGAGCGGCUGAUCGCGCGAACAAGAAGUUCAGGAUGCACUAUCAGCCUGACAUAUGA